UUCUUGUCAGACUCGGUUUCCACUAAGGCUUGGUCAUUUCUGUAGAAGAAAAGGUAUGCAAGAUUAGAAAACUAAACAACCGUGCCAUUCUGAAAUGAAAUUUAUAUUUCAUGUCAUUUUGAAGCAUAAAAGUCCUAGCGUGCUGAUAUCUUUAAGCAUAAAGAAUGAUUGCAGAGCUUCCGAACAAUUUUAAAAACUGAAAAACACAUACACGUGUUGCGUAUCAGACUGCCAACAGGUAGUACGUGUUGCGUAUCAUAGCACGUGUCGCGUACCAUUUCAAUAGUUUGUCCAUGUGUUGCAAGAAUUCGCGAAAUACCAUAAACACACACUGUGUAUCGUUACUAUAUGAUGAAGACCUAACAGUUACAGAUUGAAACAAGCACGAAAAGUUGCUAAUUACAUAGAUUUUUGUGUGCAAAGAGUGAUUACAUGUACCGUACUAUUGCGUUUUUACAGAAAAUCAUCCCCGGUUCUGUCAAAACCUCGAAGGUUACUCAGAAACUAGAGCGAACGUAGACAAUACACACAUCGCUGGAAAGAGCAUUUGAAUGCGCAUAGACUGAGCUAUAAUACAAGUGGAAUAGAUUUUGCAGUUUUUACUAACCUUUGAAAAUUAGUGAAGAAAUAAAAAUCCGCCAUGUUGAUUUCUGUGUCCCAUACCGUUUUUGGUCACUAGAUUCCCUACUGUGUAUUUAAUCUUUGGGAAACUUUUCAGCUUUAAACAGAUCGUAUAAUGUUUAAACAAAAAAAACAAAAAAAAAAAAAGAAAACAACAAAAAAAAAAAAAAAAAAAGCGAAGAAACAAAACGAAAAAAAAACCAAAAAACAUGUCAUUUUAAAACAUAUUUGAUACACAGUUUAUUUAUGUUUGUGUAUAAGAUCAUACCAUUAUUUCUAUUUGUGAUUACAUCAAUGAUUGAAUGUUUAAAAGAGCAGUUUUGUUCGAAGAAAUAAACAAAACACGUCUUACAGCUUUAAAUUAUUAAAGACAUUCUGUAAUACAAGUGUUGCGAACUCUUGAUGCAGACGGCGUGGACUUGCGUAAAGCUCAUCGAUUACGAAAAAGGCAAUAUUUGGUAGAGACAACUCGUCUUUACAAUUUCUGCAACCGUUUUUCAAAUAUAAUGACCGGGACUCUCUCUCAGGCCACACAAGCUUUGUGUAUGGGAAACGUUAUGAAACCAAAGAAUUGAGGCAUGGUGGGAAUGCUGAGAAAACAAUGUGUCGGAUGGUGGAUAAAUCUUUUUAAAGAUAUGCGAGACGCAAACGUACAACGAAUUAGAUAAAGUGCAUGUUGAGUGUUUAAAAUUUUGUAACAUGCCCCUUCUUUAGGCACAGCUUGACAGAACUGCGCAGCAUUGGAACUUACACGAUAUUCGCAAGCAGAAAAACAUCGAUGGUCCAAACUGGAAACCAGAUGUUAUGUAUUUUGUUCCAGAACUGAUUGACUGCUCCGACUACGGAACAAAAGUUCACUGCGAUGAUGUACAGACUGACAUCGAGUUAUAAAGUUCCAGAAAGAAAAUUUGCACUCUGGAGUAUAUUGAACUUGCUUAUCUUCUAAAGCCCAAUCUACACUUGCCAGAAUAUGGAUCAUUGCUAUUCCAAGGAAAAAGAGCUACAAAAUGAGAGAAUUCCAUCAGUAUUUGGCACAGAUCAUAGCUACAACAAAAUAUGUGACAAUACUUGUAGAACUCCAACAAAUAAUCGUAAGAGAGAAAGAAGUACACCGGCUGGGAAAACUCCCCAACAGCCUUCAAAAAUUGGAACUGCAGUUUUAUCUGGUCAGAAACGCAAUACUUCUUGGACAGAACCGGAGAAGGACUAUUUCAUUCAAUAUGUCAAACACACACCACUAAAUAAAACGCUUACAGAUUACUGGGAGAAAUGUGCUUCUGCCAUGAAUGCCAGAUUUCCAGCCGGGAUGCGUAAUGGGCUUGCAUGCAAGGGAUUGUCGCAGAAGUUAUUUAUAACCCCAUUAAGAGGUCAUACAGAAUCCUCCUUAGAUGAAAAAGACAUUGCAUCUGGAUUCUGUAUGUUGUCAACCCAGGAUGUAAUGACACGGGAUGUAGGGACACAGACUGCCUUGUCUCUUCCAGUCAACACUAAUACUAGUAAUAGUUUCGAUGUUAAAGACGGUGAAUGGUUGUUUAUGGAACCAAGAAAAGAACUUGAGCCAGUUGCCAGUGUUGGUGCAGAAUACCUGCAUAGAACAGCUUUAAAGCGAUUAAGGCAUUAUCUUGGUAUAUCUGACGGAGAAAAAGCAAGCCUGAUUGAUGUGCUGUGCUCUGGUACUCCACGGCAAUUUGCAAGAGCUCUGAUGUCAUCAUCAUUAGCAGAAGAAAUAAAGGCUCUCCUGAUUUUUGACAUAGAAAUGGACGUACGGGAAUGUUGCUCAAAAAGUAGUAUCCUGAGUAAUAAGCAGUACGAAGAUCUGAAAGAGUUCAAAUGGUCAGAUAUUUUAAAUGAGCUUGUAACAAGACAAUCCACAUUGGCUGAAGUGCUGUUAGCAGUGGCUUUGCCUACUGGCAAAAUUGGCUGUAGAAACCCUAUAGAAACCCUCUGUCCAGUGGUAGCAACUGUCUAUGGAAUGCUAAUGAAGCAGCGGUCUGGUCAGUUGAGUGCAGUUCAGAAGUUUAUUACGGCCAGCCUUGCAAAUGAGCAGACACAUCAAAAGUUUGUUACAAGUUUCCAGUUAAAGAUUUGGAUCCUAAUUACCUUUCAUCACCUGUCACACAGUUUACAAUCCUUUUGGUUAAAAUCUCAAUGGCACAUGUGUGGUACUGUUUCCAUGUGCCAUAAGAUAUUUCCAUUUAGUUGUAUGAUCGUCUGCAGAAAGUAGGUGUCAGUCUAAGCCAUAAUGGAAUGCUACAGUUUAUGACGGAUGUAUCCUGCAGCUUUAAUUCUGAGCUUAUCGACAGUGUGAAGGAUGGGAAAAGAUUUAGAAUCAUUGGUGAUAAUAUCAACUUUCACAUUGCUGUUGCACAGGCAAGAAAAAAUGUUGGUAAAUCAGGACACAUGGAACAUUGGUUUGGAUCAGCAGCAAUAAUUCAAAAUGUGGAAUUCCCAGCAUUGUCAGAUAUUGCUCCCCAGCGUGAUUUGCUCCAACUGCCAUAUAAUACUUUUCUGCUGUCUCAGUCAGAUUUGAACGAAGAAGUGUAUUACAUGUCAUACCUUGCUGCGCAGAUUAUGGUUGAGCAUUUUCCGUGGUUGCAGUUUGCUAAGGCUGCAAUGAAUGAAGUAGGGGACAAAAUUCCUGGUAUGAAUGUGCGAAAUAAAGUGAUACCUCUGCCUAUAUUGUACAAAAAUGAGCAAAAGUAUGCAGAUGUCAUUGACAUUCUCGAUUCAUACCAGGAACCUUGUGACUCAACAUUUGAAAAAGCUGAAAUAGAACCGCAAAAGGUCCACAUAGGUGGUGAUCAGCUUACCCGUGAGAGAUUUUCUGGUGCUAGGCGCCUCCGAGCAGCAGCCUUUACUGAAACUGAGCGGUUGGAAAGACUUCAUCCAAUAACAUUUGAAUUAUUCCAUUUACAGAUGACUGUAUUGAAUACUUUUUACCAAAUUUUAUAUAGUACGCAAAGCACAGAGUCAUUUACAUUAUAUAGCCAAAAGGUCAGACUUGAUGUUAAAAACCAUUAUGAUAGCUGCAAAGAUCUUGCAGAAUCAGUGAUAAAAGCCUAUGUGAUUGAGGCAGCUUGUGAGCAUAUAGGACUGCCAGAUACAGACAUUGUUCCUGAAAAUAUUCCAGACACUGCCCAAAUGUCAUUUGAAGAGAUCAGAAGUUGGUUAGUUGGUCAAGUAUCCCCUAUCAUACAAAAGGUUACCAAAUCAACUAAAAAUGUUCUAAAUGGCACAUAUGUUCAAGAAGAAAAUCCAGAUCCUGUGUACAUUUAUGGAAACAUUGUUCUUGAGUUAGGAUUAAUUUUCAUGAACCUUUGUAACAUUGUAAAAAGCCCAAACAGAGACCGGUUGCUGAAUGUUAUGAAAUAUCUGAUGAUGAUGUUGAAGGGUCACAACAAUAGGUCAAAGUAUGCUCUUGAAUUACUUAGGUUGCUAUGUCAUCAGUUUGCACUGCUGAGUGAAAGAACUGCGCACGAGACACUUUAUGGUCUUUUCGUAAAUACAGGAAAAUCAAUAAUUCCAGCAGACUUACAGAUGGAAUACUUAGUGAGGCUUACAAAAGGUCACUUACGGACUAUGUGCUCUAACGUAACAGAACAAUCCUUAGUUAAACGGAAUAGUUCCUUUUAUGGUAUGAAUGAAAUAUCCGAGCAUUUUGACAAAGAAACUUCUACAGUCACGCGAGCACAAAAACAUAAGAGGUUGUCAUCCUUUGAAGAUGAAAAUAAAAUAAUAAAAAAUCUUAGCAAAAUUAGACCCUUUCUGGAAACUCCCGGUCGUCAAGUUGAAUCGAUGGAAAAAGCCUCCAAAAAUCCAAUCACCAAAUUAAAUUUGGAUGAUUUCAUCAAGUGGAUUGAAAACCAUAAGGUCAAUUUGUUCUAUGAACUGUAGACAACACUUGAUGGCGUGAUAGGUUUUAAUUUGGAUCUUGUACAGUAAGACCAGAGUUAUGGCCCUUGACUUUAAAAUAGGAUUAAAACAGGUUAAGUUUGUGUCAUAUAUAUCAUAAAGUAUUUGUCCCAGACUUAUGAUACAUUAAAGGAAUAUUACUUAGCAUGUGAAGUUGUGCAUUUGUGAUUUUGUUAGAGAUAUCACUUGGUCAGACCAGAGUUGUGAUUAUAUAGCAUGUGAUGCUGCACACCUGGUGUUCUGUGGACAGUUUUUCGAAACUUCAACCGGCUGUUAAAGUAACCGCUUGCUAAAUUUUGAUUCAAAACACUAGUCUUGGUGGGAUGACUAGUAUGAUGUUUCGAUUUUAUUGUAAACAAUUUUCGGAUUUCAUCAUUCUAAACUAAAACAUUUGUUUUUCGAAGUUUUCUAAAAUGUCGAAAACUAACCUUAAACGUUAAUCAGCUGUCAGCUUAAUGGCCAGUUAAAGUUUCGAACAACUGGGCCCUGUUUGUGAUUUCACUAAGCCAAAGUGGAGUUACAGUUAUUGAAACAAAAAAUGGUACAUGAUGUUAUUGCACAUGGAGAAUGAAAGGAUAUUCAGAACACAAAUUUUAUCAGUAAAAAACUGCCUGCUCAAAUUGAAGGCUUUUUAUAUUAGUAUCAUUCCAAAUUGUAGUGUACAUAAUUUUUCAAUGACACAUUGGAACACUUCAAAAACUGCAGUAUCUCAAUUAACACCCAUAUGUUCAAACUGCCACUCUAGUGCAAUAUCAGGGUUACAUAUGCUGCAACAUGUUUGUAAUUGAACUGGUGUGUGAAAGCCGAAGUAGCUAUUAAUUAUUUCCCUUUUACACUUGGAAGUGUCUGUGCAAUAUUCCUUCAUUUCUUUUCUCAUUGAGACUGAAGCUAAAUCUCCUCUGUUGAAAUACAGAAUGGCCUGUGAAUCUGAACCUGUCAUUCCUGCGCGUCCAAUCUCUUGAACAUAUGCUGAAAAAGACAGUUGUGUUUGAAGUUUAGAUAAUGAUGUGUAUAUGUAGAAUGAAAUUCAAGGUGAUUACUCUUAUAUUUCAAAAAGCAUUUGUUAUGAUAUUGUAUAACUUUAAAUUAUCUUAAUAUGUUAUCUAAUUUAUAUCAGAAGAAGAAGUAUUUACUGAUGUUAUUGUUUAUCAAAGACAAAGACCAAUGAAAAAAAAAAGAAAUCACAGUUAUGACUUUAAGUGAUUUUAAUUACAUUUUUGUAUUUAAAUAUUCUUGGAUGAUGGAUCUGAAAUGAAACAGUACAUGGUGCUGGACAAGUGUAGUGUUAUUCAUUGUUUGUAUAUUUUAUGGUCCAUCCAUACUAUUUAACUGUAACAGAAUUCCACUUAAGCUCUCACAAAGGUGUGUUGCACAAUUCAUGUCCUCAAACAGUAGCAUUCAACCAGAGUCUGCAAUCAUUUUGCUUGGUUGCUGUGCUUUGAAAGGAUAUUACAGAUUUUUCAUUAAAUGGAGUGGCUCUGUUGAACAAAAUUAAUGGUACCUUUUUUGAAGAGCAAGCUAUAUGUAAAAUUAAGACAUACUUUCCAGUGAAGUUGGUGGACCGGCAUGAAUAACUCUUUUAACCUGUUUCAGAUCUGCUCCCAUCCCUAGUGCCACAGUUGAAAAUAUCAGCCUGAUAUGACAAUCUCCAUCUGGCUUUUGCAAGUUUGACAGAAUGGCCUCUUUCAGCUGUGGAGUUUUAGCAAUAUUAUACAAUUAAUUAAUUGAGCUGCACCGUUUGAAAACCAAUAUUGACUUUGCAAUCAGCAUGGAUCAAGACCAGUCAGCGCAUCCGCACAGUCUGACCAAGAUUCAUGUUGUUGACUUUCAAAGACGAUUUCAAUUAGAGAAACCAUUAUCAAACAGCAUGGAUCAUGACCAGACUUUGCAAACCUACUAACGGUAUGUUUGUUCAUCAUGGCACGGCUCAAUUUUUUUUAAAAUUCUGAUAAGCUAUAUUAGUUGAAUUUAAUGCAGUGGCCAAUUACAAGUCCACCACUGUAAUACUGUAAUUCGGAAAUUGGGUUUAGAAAACAUUACUAAGUUGAACUUAGAGAGUUUAAUAAUAGCUGAUAUGCAAUGCUAUUUCAUAAAACUUACUUUUCCGGAAUCUUUUUCCAUAGAAGAGUGAAACAUGACGACUCUGGAGUUCUCAGGUCUGCUCUCUCCAGCAUAGAAAUAACUUCCAAAUUUUUGUCUUGCAACCUGGUAGCCAUAACCCAGCAACUGCAUUAAUUUACAAUAGAUGAUGGUGAUAGGAAAGGUAUCCUGUUUUUUCAUCAGUUCAUCUAUUACAGGACUGAAUAUGUAAUAGUAUGGUGUUUCUGCAGUUUCCUUUUGCAUUGGGACUAGGCCUGCUGCUAACUAUCAGUGCAAUGUUAUUUUUGGCAGGGCUUGCACAUAGUGCAGAGAAGUCUUUCAUAAGAAGGCUCUGACUGAUCUGCUUCUGCCCACAUUCUGUUACUGUUGCUGACAGAGCAAUGGUUCUGCAUUUAAGUACUGACCUUAUCUGUGCAAGUUUCUUGAACUGUGGUCUGAAGUCUUGGCCCCAUUCUAAAAUGCAAUGAGCCUCAUCAAUCACCAAGUACACAUUGAUGUUUCUUUGCCUGAAAUUUUCUGAAGAGAAGUAGUCAUAAAAGUCUCAGUUAUCAAGUACAUCCUCAGGAUGACUCAACAUGUAAUUAAUCUCUCCGUUUUUAACUGGAGUAAGGUCAGAUUUUAGACGCAUCGCCAUGCAACCAAGUUUUUCCAUCUGUUGUUCAAUAAUGGCAUUGAGAGGAGCUAUUAUAAGAACUAAACACCCAGUGUCAAAAAAUGGAAGGAGCUCAUAUAUCAAAGAUUUGCCAUAACCAGUAGGCAAAGAACAAAUACAAUCCUUUCUUCCAGUUAUUGUCAGUAUUGCUUCUGUCUGAAGUUCCUUCAAUUUGUCUAUAUUCAGACCAACUGCCUUAUUGUAUAGUGCCAUUGCAUCAGAAAUCUUUUUACCCUGGAAGAAUAUUAUACAUACAUAUGUUAGGAACAAUUAUUCAAUUUUGUCUUAAUAAUUGAUUAUGAUUAAUAAUGAAUACUUGAUUAUGAUUAAUAAUGCAAUAUGAUUUUAUCCCAUUUUCUUGACAUGUAUGUGAAAUUUGCAUUAAUUUUUAGAAUAGAUCUGCUUAUAGUUUACAGUAGUUUAAUUGUUAGUCUUUCCAUUUUGUUUUUUUCCAGCCUGUAUAUGCAGCUCUAUGUGCUUUCAAUGCUAACUUUUGACUAUUAAUUUAAAGUAUCUUAUAUUUAACAAUGUGGUUUUCUUAUCUUUGUAGAUUGUAUUGUUAUAAGAUAAUCAUGUUAUGUUGGAAAUUAGCCUGUAUAACCUAAUGCUUACAUGUUUGUUAUAACCAACGCUCAAUAAAGAUUAUCAUAUCUUAA